AUGAAAGGGUCUCCUAAUUACCUUGUAGCUUUGGCACUCAUGGCCUUGGCAUGCUCCAUUGCCUCUGCCUAUGACCCUGCUCCUCUGCAAGACUUUUGUGUUGCAAUUAACUCUUCCACUGAUGCUGUAUUUGUGAAUGGAAAGUUCUGCAAGGAUCCAAAGUUUGUCACUGCCAACCAUUUCUUCUUUCAGGGGUUAAACAUUCCUAGAAGCACUGCAAAUCCACUCGGGUCAAAUGUCACUAUUUUGAAUGUCGACGAAAUCCCUGGCCUCAACACACUAGGCAUAUCCUUAGCUCGCUUAGACUUGGCACCAUACGGCCUGAUUCCACCCCACACUCACCCUCGAGCCUCCGAGAUUCUAGUAGUCUUAGAGGGUACUCUCUACGUUGGCUUUAUUACAUCCAACCCUGAUAACCGCUUCUUUAGUAAAAUCCUAAACGUGGGAGACGUCUUUGUCUUCCCAAUUGGUCUCAUUCACUUUGAGUUUAAUGUUGGAAAGACUAAUGUUGUUGCUUUUGUCGGUCUCAACGGCCAAAAUCUUUGUGGGCUCAUCACCAUAGCAAAUAAUGUUUUUGGAGCCAAUCCUCCUAUCAAUCCAGAUGUUCUCAUCAAGGCUUUUCAAUUGGACAAGAAUGUGGUUGACUAUCUACAGAAAAAGUUUGAGGGAUAA